AGUGUGCUCAUUGCCUCCCAAAUGGAACCAGCAUUUGCCAGGAGAGUGUACCCAUGUUUUGAUGAACCUGCCAUGAAGGCCACAUUCAAUAUCAGAAUUGUCCAUGACCCAAGCUAUGUGGCUCUUUCCAACAUGCCUGCUAUUGAUGUAUCUGAAAUGAAGGAUGAAAAUGGAAGCCUAUGGACUGUUACCACAUUUAACACUUCACUGAAAAUGUCGACUUAUUUGACUGCUUUUGUGGUCUGUGAUUUUGAUUAUGUCACCAGAACGGAGCGGGGAAACAAGAUACGUAUUUGGGCUCGGAAAGAAGCAAUUGGAAAUGGGUAUCUUGACUAUGCUUUAAGUAUCACUGGUCCAAUAUUUUCAUUUCUGGAAGAUGUACUUAACAUCAGCUACCCUCUGCCAAAGACAGAUCUGGUUGCACUGCCUGAGUUUGGAGCAGGUGGUAUGGAAAACUGGGGGCUAGUGACUAUCCAAGAAUCAUCAUUGAUGUACAUCCCAAGUGAUAAAUUCACAAGCAGAAAGGCAAUGAUUGCCUUAAUUGUGUCACAUGAGCUAGGACACCAGUGGUUUGGAAAUCUGGUUACGAUGAACUGGUGGAAUGAUCUGUGGCUUAAUGAGGGACUGGCAUCUUACUUUGAGUACCUGGGAGCUGCCUUUGUUGACCCCAAGCUUUCACUGGAUAAAAUCUUUUGUGAUCAUGUUGUGCAACCUGUCUUAAGGGAAGACAGUGAAACAGUUCGAUCACUGUCAGAGAGCGAAGACAAGAUCAAAGGAUCAUUUUCUAUAACAUCUCUGUUUGACAGCAUCACAUACAACAAGGGAGCUUCUAUAACCUGGAUGCUUUCUGGUUUUCUGACUGAAAAGUUGUUCAUCAGAGCACUUACUUCAUAUCUGAAAGAAUUUUCCUUCUCAAAUGCUAAUCAAGAUGAUCUCUGGACCCACAUCCAGACGAUCAUAGAUGCACAGGAUAAAGUUCAGUUGCCAGCAUCUGUAAAGCAAAUAAUGGACUCCUGGACAUGCCAAAAUGGGUUUCCAGUUUUAACAUUAAAUAUAACCACUGGAACUAUCAGACAGGAACAAUUCCUUAAUAAAAAUAAUAGAAGGAGUACUGAUCCUAACAAUAACACAUGGAUUAUUCCUAUUUCUUGGAUGAAAAAUGGAUCAUCACAACCCUUAAUGUGGCUAGAUAAAAGCAGCAAAGUGUUUCCUGAAAUGCAAGUAUUGGAGUCAGAAUAUGACUGGAUCCUGCUAAAUGUAAAUUUAAGUGGAUACUACAGGGUGAACUAUGACCAAUUAAACUUGAAAAGAUUAGCACACUUGCUUGAAAAUGAUCCAAAGGCUAUUCCCGCUGUCAGCAGGUUCCAGCUGAUAGAUGAUGUUUUUGUCUUGUCAAAGUUUGGAUAUGUUCAGAUUGAAACAGCACUUGAAUUAACAAAGUACCUUGCCAGAGAAGAUGAACUCUUCAUAUGGAAUAUGGUAUUGUUAAACCUAGUACCCAAGAAGUUGGAAAGUACACUGAAGAACUACGAAGUAUAUCCACUUUUAAAGAAAUACCUUUUAAAGAGAAUGUUGCCAAUAUACCAUUAUUAUGCAGGUUUUAUUCAUAAAAAUAUUGAUGCUUUGGAAGAUGACUAUUUUGCUCAAGCAUAUUUGGAAAAACUUUUUACAACAGCGUGCUGGCUGGGCCUCCAAGAUUGUUUGGACCUGUCAUCUGAACUGUAUGCUAAGUGGAUGGACAACCCUGAAUACAAAAUUCCCUUUUUCAUUAGAGGAACAGUGUGCUGCUAUGGUGUUGCUCUGGGAAGUGCUAAAGAAUGGAAUUUUGCAUGGGAAAUGUAUACCCAUACUGACUCCACAGAGGACGAUAAAGACAUCCUGCUCUCUGCCAUGAGCUGUGCCAAAGAGUCAUGGUUACUUUACAGAUACUUGCAAUAUGGACUCAGUGAUACAUUAUUUUCUUCUAACUGUACUUCAACCGUCAUCUUAAAUGUGGUGGCUAAGGAUAUUGGGCAUCGUAUGGCCUGGGAAUUUGUUACUGAAAAUUGGCCAGUUUUAAGUGAAAGAUAUGGGCAGGAAUUGUUGCAUGAUGUAUUAAAAGUCAUGGGAAGAUUUGUCAAUACAGAUCUACAGAUCCAAGAGACUGAUGGGAAAGAUUUCUUGUUCUGUGACUGUAAAACAGGCAGCACAAGAGGAUUCUGCUACCCAACUAGUCCUAGACAGUGUGGUACCACCAGUACCAGUGAAGUUGGCUGCAUUUGAAAGGAUUUUUAGAGGAACAGCAAAAGGGCACAUUCUUGAUAUGUAAGGAGCUUUCCAACCUUAGUGUAAAACAGUAAGCUUGCCCCAUUCCCUCUUUAGUCUCUGUCGUCUCCUUCUUUUCUUGCACUUCUGUCUAAAGCAUCUGCCAGGCACUCAGUUGCUUGCUGCAAGUGAAGUUAUGUGAACUAAGCUCAUGCAUUUAU